AUGCUGACUAAAUUUGAAACAAAGUCAGCUCGUGUCAAAGGGCUGUCUUUUCAUCCCAAAAGGCCGUGGAUUUUAGCAAGUUUGCACAAUGGAGUCAUCCAGCUGUGGGACUACCGAAUGUGCACCCUGCUUGAGAAAUUCGACGAGCACGAUGGACCAGUCAGAGGAAUUUGCUUCCACAACCAGCAGCCGCUGUUCGUCUCCGGAGGAGAUGACUACAAAAUAAAAGUAUGGAACUACAAGCAACGUCGCUGCAUUUUCACUUUACUCGGUCAUCUGGACUACAUCCGAACCACGGUGUUCCACCACGAGUACCCGUGGAUCCUGAGUGCCUCUGACGACCAGACCAUCAGAAUCUGGAACUGGCAGAGCCGAGCAUGCAUUUGUGUGCUCACCGGACACAACCACUAUGUCAUGUGCGCCCAGUUCCACCCCUCAGAAGACAUGAUUGUCUCCGCGUCGUUGGAUCAGACCGUCAGAGUUUGGGACAUCUCCGGUCUGAGGAAGAAGAACGUCGCUCCUGGUCCCGGAGGUCUGGAGGAACAUCUCAAGAAUCCUGGAGCCACGGAUCUCUUUGGACAAGCUGAUGCUGUUGUGAAACACGUCCUGGAGGGCCACGAUCGAGGAGUUAACUGGGCCAGCUUCAAUCCUACUUUACCAUUGAUUGUUUCCGGGGCUGACGACCGGCAGAUCAAGAUGUGGCGAAUGACUGACAUGAAGGCCUGGGAAGUCGACACCUGCCGUGGGCAUUACAACAACGUGUCUUGCGUGCUGUUCCACCCGCGUCAAGACUUGAUUCUGUCCAACUCCGAGGACAAGAGCAUCAGAGUCUGGGAUAUGGCCAAGAGAGGGUGUCUCCAGACAUUCCGCAGAGAACACGAGCGGUUCUGGGUACUUGCAGCUCAUCCAACGCUCAAUCUCUUCGCAGCUGGUCAUGACUCGGGUAUGAUAAUAUUCAAGCUCGAGAGAGAGCGCCCGGCUUAUGCUGUUCAUGGAAAUCUUCUUUACUACGUCAAGGAGAGGUAUCUGAGAAAAUUGGAUUUCACGACCUCGAAAGACACCGCAGUGAUGCAGCUUCGUGGAGGAGGAAAAACUCCAGCUUUCAGCAUGUCCUACAACCAGGCUGAAAACGCGGUUUUAAUUUGCACCAGAGUUCCCUCCAACAUUGAAAACAGCACGUAUGAUUUAUAUAUGAUUCCCAAGGAUGGAGACUCGAGCUCUGAUCCUGAGACAAAGAGAGCUUCUGGUGUUACUGCUAUCUGGGUGGCAAGAAACCGCUUUGCUGUUUUGGAUCGAGGAUACUCUCUGGUGAUUAAAAACCUUAAAAAUGAAGUUACGAAGAAGGUCCAGAUUCCUAACUGCGAUGAAAUAUUCUACGCUGGAACUGGCAUGCUGUUGCUCCGUGACUCAGACCAAGUCAUACUGUUUGACGUUCAGCAGAAACGUCAGCUUGCAGAGGUCAGAAUAUCCAAAUGCAGAUACGUAGUAUGGUCAAAUGACAUGUCACACGUCGCUUUACUAUCAAAGCACACUGUCAAUAUCUGCAAUCGUAAAUUAGAGUCUCUCUGCUCGAUUUCUGAAAAUACGAGAGUCAAGUCCGGAGCCUGGGACGACUCGGGAGUCUUUAUUUACACAACCAGCAACCAUAUCAAGUACGCAAUCAACUCCGGCGAUCAUGGAAUCAUCCGAACGCUGGACUUACCGAUUUAUGUUACACGUGUCAAGGGCAAUCAAGUCUACUGUUUAGACAGAGAAUGUAGACCCAGGAUCCUGAGAAUCGACCCUACAGAGUACAAAUUCAAGCUUGCUUUGAUUAACAGAAAGUAUGAGGAAGUUUUGCACAUGGUAAGAACAGCUAAUUUAGUUGGACAGUCUAUCAUAGCGUACUUGCAGCAAAAAGGCUACCCAGAAGUGGCUCUACACUUUGUAAAAGACGAAAAGACCCGUUUUGGGCUUGCUUUGGAGUGUGGAAACAUCGAAGUCGCUCUUGAAGCUGCUAGAACUCUAGAUCAGAAAGCUUGCUGGGAGAGUCUCGCUCAAGCUGCGUUAUUACAAGGCAACCACCAGGUCGUUGAGAUGUGUUACCAGCGGACGAAGAACUUUGAGAAGCUGUCGUUCCUCUACUUGCUCACUGGCAACUUGGACAAGCUGAAGAAGAUGACAAAGAUUGCUGAAAUCCGUAAAGACGUCUCGGGUCAGUAUCAAGGAAGUCUUUUGCUUGGAGACAUCUAUGAACGCGCAAGAAUUUUAAAAGAAGCUGGACAAGCUUCUUUGGCCGCAGUGACCAAGAAGAUUCACGGAAUUGCCAAUGAAGAGGAUGAAGAGCAGGUCAAAUUAAUUGGCGAUGAGUUCCAGGAACUGGAACGUGGUGCUAUUUACCUGAGACCUUUGGUACCAGUUCAACAGGUAGAAAACAAUUGGCCGUUGUUGACCGUCUCUAAAGGAUUCUUCGAAGGCGCGAUGAUGUCGCGAGGAAAGAGCCAAGUCGCUGCUGCUCUGGCUGCUGUAGAAACUGAAGAUGACACUGGAGUCGCCGAAGGCUGGGGCAAUGAUGAGGAACUCGGUAUUGAUGACGAAGAAGGAGUCGAGGGUGGUGAAGCUGGCGAAGACGGGGAAGAAGGUGGUGCUGGGUGGGAAGUCGAGGACGUCGAUUUACCUCCGGAGUUGGAGACAAAUGUUGCUGCUGCUGAAGACGGGUACUUUGCAGCUCCUACGAAAGGAGUCCCGCCGUCUCAUCACUGGGUCAACAACUCUCAGCUGGCUGUAGAUCAUAUUCUCGCUGGGUCUUUUGAGACUGCUUGCCGUCUUCUGCAUGACCAAGUCGGUGUUACCGAGUUUAAAGCUUACCAAGCUCACUUCCUAAACACCUUCGCAAGAUCCAGGACCAGUUACGCUUGUUUACCGAACAUUCCUUCGCUGAACGGAUUCCCGCUGCGCAACUGGAAGACCGCUACCCCUAAAACCGGACUUCCUGCAGUUGGUCUUCAAUUAACGGAGUUGGUCCAACGUUUGCAAGUCUGCUACCAGCUGACGACUGGUGGUAAAUUCACAGAAGCUGUUGAAAAACUACAGGCUAUUCUUCUGAGCGUUCCUCUGUUGGUUGUUGACACCAGACAGGACAUCGCUGAGGCUCAGCAGCUGAUACAGAUUUGCCGGGAGUACAUUCUUGGCCUUAAAAUGGAGAGUGAGCGUAAAAAUGCUCCUAAAGCAACACUCGCCGAGCAAAAACGAGUCUGCGAGAUGGCUGCUUACUUCACCCACUGCAAUCUCCAGCCAGUUCAUCAAAUCUUGACCUUGAGAACAGCUGUUAACUUAUUCUUCAAGCUGAAGAACUAUAAAACUACCGCUUCCUUCGCCAGACGGCUCCUCGAGUUAGGACCGAGAGCUGAAGUUGCUCAACAAGUUAGAAAGAUUCUUCAGGCUUGUGACAAGAAUCCAGUUGAUGAACAACAGCUGCUGUAUGACGAGCACAAUCCGUUCGCACUAUGUGCUUCAACUUACACGCCGAUUUAUCGAGGAAAGCCAGAGGUGAAAUGUCCUCUCUGUGGUGCCAGCUACCACCCGCAAUUCAAAGACUCUCUUUGCAAGGUCUGCGAUGUCGCUCAGGUUGGAAAGGAGUCCAUAGGGUUGAGAAUAAGUUCUUUACAAUUCCGAUAA